CGGUAACAAAAAUCACUUGUUACAUGGAACAUUCUUCACUUCUCCAUGGUCUUUUAAUGUGUGCAUUAGUCCGACACAAUGACGCUAAGCCAAAGUGAAAUUGAUAGCAAAGCGUCUUCGGCCCUUGUUUUAUCAUCGUUAUCAUUUGUCAUUGUCGUCGUAUUCGUCACGGUGUGGCUCCUCAGAGAAAAGAUUUCAAAAAUGGACAAACGGAGUAUCUGGCGCUGUUUCAAAUGGACGCGGAAAAAAGUUAGGAAGACGCGAAAAGUCUUAACGGAAAAACGUAAAAAGAAGCGAGUGGCCAAAAUAAACGUUGAAGUGUUGGACGCAAGUAAACAGCCGGAAGAGCCACACCUUUACGCCACCAUCAGUGGAAACCGAAAAGCGAAACGAAGCCCGAGUCAUACAAGCAACGAUUCAGAUUUCUCAGCUUCGGAGAAUGCAAUCGAUGAUAAUGGUGUAGUGUCUGUGGAGUUACACACAUAUCAGUCGGUGGCUUUGGAAUCCUAUAAAACACCUUCGAUGCUUGAGGAAGUUAAUUUGCAUGCCGUAACAAAUUUGACCUAUGGUUCGGAGAAAAACGUGGGACAACUUCUUGAUCAGACAACAGGCUGUUGUAUUUACGAUGAAGUAGAAGGAAAUGAAAGAAAGACUCCUUGUUAAAUACUGCAUAACAUUAAAUACUGUGUUACACGCGUCCAAUGAAGGAAAAGAAAUAUAGUAAAUGCCUGAUUCAUUUUCGAAA